AUGCCUCAUCAACAUUCUCAAUCCGACUGGUCAGCAUGGACCUACUCCGUCGCUCCCACUGACGACUUCGCCGCACAAUACACCCAGCUGCCGGUGCCGGACUAUCCGUUCCUCGCCGACACCAUCAAGGCCUACCAGACCCAGCAUAACCACCUUGUCCACCACCAACAAAUGUCGCGAACGACAGAGUCCAAGCCGCGACUUUCAAAAGAAGAGGUGGAAGUCCUCGAGGCAGAAUUCCAGAAGAACCACAAGCCCAAUAGCAGCACAAAGAAGGCUUUGGCUGAGAGCAUGAGAGUCGACCAUGCUCGCAUUAAUAACUGGUUCCAAAACCGAAGAGCCCGAGAAAAGAAAGAAAACAACAUUCGAGAGUAUGAAGCCAGGCAGCGAGCCGAGAAAGAGCGCGCCGGCGGAGACAUUGGCCUCCAAGGCUCCGAUCGCAAACGGGAUCGGGUUGCUUCUUCUGCUCCCUUUCCAGAGCCACGCCUGACUUCACAAACCAAGGAUCAGUCUCCGGACGACCAUUCACGGCUGUCGACUGCGUCUGAGAGCUCCACCGAUGCUUAUGAGGCCACGCCGCCCGUCACUCCGCAUCUCGGGUCUGCCUCUUCCUUCGUCUUCCAUCACGCGGAUGUAGAAGAUAAUGACGUCGAGGCCGAGUCUUCGGAGAUAAGUGUGCAUGGAUAUUCCUCGUCGCCGGCGACGAGCAUGUCUUAUGCCAACGUGUCGGCCUUGGACGCGCUCCUCUCUAUUGAGCAGCAGGGUGCCGAUGGGUACCAGGACAUGGACCUUGCGCGGAUCACAGCCUUUUUGCAUCAGACUGGCCUCCCAAGUAGCCCUGACAGACAGCUCAAGUCUCCCUGCCCAACAGAUAUUGCCUCUCGCCGCAAUCGCCAAACCCCUCAGCUGUCAUUCAAUGGCUCGCGAAGCUUCUCGGGCAGCCUCAGGGUCGCUGACGCAGCCAGACGCUCUGAGCAAGUGGGUUCCAUGCGCCGAGUUGUCUCAACAGGGACAGUUAGAGUCCGCAAGUCUUCAGCCUCUGCUACCACGCCACGCAGCCCCUUUGUUCAGAGGAACCGCUCACCAAUGGGACCCGGCUCGGCAGCACCGCCCACGCCAAACACACCCGUCGCGCCUGAGUCGCGGAAUGCCAAUGGUGGCGGCCUCUUCGCACUCACCACCAAGUACUCGUCGUCGGCUCUGAUGCAGGAUCCCACGUUGCGCACGCCGCCGACCACGCCGGCCUUUCUGGAGAACUUUGUCUUCAACAACCAGGGGGCCACAUACACCAUGGGUAACUUUGGUGCAAGGUCUUUCUCUGACCAGCUGGAUGCGCCAAUCCACGCAACGACAGCAGAGUACGGCGCUGCCAUAACGACAAGCUCCAGCCAGCCCACAACGCCCAUGUUCUCUUACCAGGUGGGCACUGGCUAUUUCCCAGGCUAUACAGACGGCUCGGACUACAACUGGGCCUUUUCAUCCCACAAUGGAGAACCUUCUUCAAACUUUGCCAUUCCCUACGCCUCUUCCAUGGGUAUGCUUUGAUUUUGGAUAUGCAAUCUCAAUGCUGCAUGCAUCCUAGCGCUGAAUGUGCAGCGCAGCAUUAUGUCUGUUACGCCUACAACCGUCUGGAAAAUCAUGUCGCGGGCGAUCUCAUGCAAUACUGUACACUAUGAACGGCCCUGGCCAUCUUUUUCAUUU